GUCCAUGGGAUUCUUAAUACAAUUUUAGCUUCUUUUGUGUUAGGACAACGUGCAGAAUCCAAAUUACUUGCACCCUCCUCUUCAAUAAAACCGAAGCAGCUAGAGAAGAUGAAGGCUAUCGCCGGAGACCUCCCGAGGAAAGAAGAGGAAAAGUACGCAAGGCUUGGGAUAUUGAAUUAGGGCACUUUUUUGUUCUUGCUGGUCGAGUUCAGGGUGAUGUCGCUGCGUAUAAAGGCCGUGGUGGACAAGUUCGUGCAGGAGCUUAAGGAGGCACUGGACGCUGACAUCCAGGAUCGAGUCAUGAAGGAGAGAGAGAUGCAGAGCUACAUCGAGGAACGCGAGCGCGAGGUAGCCGAGCGCGAGGCUGCCUGGAAAGCCGAGCUCUCACGCCGCGAGGCAGAGAUUUCUCGUCAGGAGGCCAGGCUGAAAAUGGAGAGGGAGAACCUCGAGAAAGAGAAGAGCGUGCUCAUGGGCACUGCUUCAUCUCAAGACAACCAGGAUGGUGCACUUGAGAUCACCGUCAGUGGCGAGAAAUACCGCUGCCUUAGAUUCUCCAAGGCCAAGAAAUAGGGCUCUUUCAUACAGAGUUUUUUCUUUUGCCGGUAAGGGGAAUCUUAGAACGUUGUGUUAUUGUGUACAGCAUAUUAUAUUUAUUUCAGUUACAUUUGUACCAAUUUUUUCGUCGCUUAGGAAAUCAUUAUUAACAUCUCUAGGAUUGAAACUUUCUUGCUCUUUUCCCUUGUUCAAAUUGUUAUAAUCAUUCAAAACAGAUUAGGACAGUUUGCCUUCUCGUUCGAGUUAAA